AAUCUAUUUACGUUUGUUGAUUAGAACCGUUUUGUUGUUGUGAGAUUUGUUGUUUGUAUCCUGGUAUUUAUAAUUUCCGACUUUAUUCGACAGGAUCAUGGACAAUGCAGAUUGUGAUAAAAUUGAUUUAUCUUCUAGAGUAAAUGAGGGUGAAUUUGAAAAUAGAAUCCAUGCGUCUAUCUUGCUGGAAGGACUGAUGGAACUGUAUGAAAACCAACAGUUUUUAGAUGUCACCUUGAUUGUUGAGGAUCAGUUGUUCUCAUGUCAUCGUAAUAUUUUGGCAGCGUGUAGUCCUUACUUCAAAGCAAUGCUCACAAAUGACUUACUGGAAAGUAGAAAGACAGAAAUCACAAUUAAUGAUGUUGAUCCAAGAGCCAUGAGGCCUAUACUAAACUAUGUCUACACAGCAAAGUUAAAUAUCACUAAGGAUAAUGUACAGAAUUUACUGUCAGCUGCACAUAUGUUUCAAAUGCAUGCAGUGGUAGAGGCUUGUUGUCAGGUGAUGGAGAGACAUUUAGAUGCACUUAAUUGUAUUGGCGUCUAUCAUUUUGCUGAUAUGUAUUCUUGUGUGGAUUUGAAAAAUGCUGCCAAUACCUUCCUCAAUGACAAUUUCAUGAGUGUCUGCAAGGGGGAAGAAUUUCUUCAGUUACCACCAUCAGAGCUACUGGAGAUAAUAUCUAGAGAGGAUCUGAAUGUUAUAGCAGAGGAAGAUAUCUAUGAUGCAGCCAUGAUGUGGUUGAACUUUGAGAUUGAAAGUAGAAUCAGAGUCUUGCAUCUGGUGUUAAACCAUGUAAGAUUAGCUCUCAUUGAACCAUCAUUUUUUCACAAUAUCAUUGCAUGUAACCAAUAUGUUCUGUCAGAUGAAAAUUGCAAACAGUUGAUGGAAAAUGUCCGCAAGUUUCACCUGCUAACUGAGAAAGGGAGACAUGAGUCUCUACUCAAUACUCCUCCACGUUCCGGUAUGUGGACUAAUGACAUGGUAGUGUGUGUUGGUUUGGAUUGUAACACAAACAAAGGUAGGACUCAUGUCCAGUAUCAUGAUCCUACAACAAGCAGGUGGCAUGCCAUACAGUCAUUACCUAAACCUAUUGGUUUACCAGCAUGCACAACAGCUGCUGCUGAUAACACUAUCUAUGUAGCAGGGGGCAUUCUGUACCCAUGGGAAGAUUCCACAGAUCUGUGUUAUUCAUAUGACCACAGAAAAAACAAGUGGUUGCAGAGACAGUCAAUGCAAGUACCAAGAUCAUAUUUCACACUAGAGACAGUUGAUGGUCAGGUGUAUGCUGUCGGUGGACUCAACACACUUCAUGAUGAUCAGAAAAGUGUUGUUGAUACGAUAGAAUGCAAUGAUAUGAAUUCAGAUGAGUGGCACAUUGUGACAACAUUACCUGAGCCUGUAUAUGGCCAUGCAUCCGUAACACAUGGGGGUAAAAUCUACAUUAUUGGAGGAGUGAGAACAGGGACAUUGAUUUCCAAGAAACUAAUGUGUUAUGAUCCAAAGGCUAACAUUUGGAAAGAAUUAGCUCCAAUGAAAAACCCAAGGGCCUUGUGCAGUGCUGCUAUCAAGGAUGGUUGUCUUUUUGUUGUUGGCGGUUUAGAUAGACUAUCAAGAUGGAACACAGUGGAGUCACCAGCAAUGUGUCUUUCCAGCUAUGAAAUCUAUAACUUUACAACCAAUGAGUGGACGGAACAUCAGCACAUCAGUGGAGCCGGCCUAUUUUUCCCAGUAAUUGUCUCGGCCAAUUCCAAUUUGUAUGCAUUUCAAAAUGGUCUUGGUGCUGAUGGUAAUGAUGUUAUGCUGUUAUGGGAUGAAGAUUCCAGUUCCUGGAUUUAUCAUGAUGGACUUCUACCCAUAGAAGAUUGUCGAUAUGGUGUAACAGUGUCAAGGUUUCUUAAACGAGGAAAGGCAUCUCCAACUUGA